AGGGAAAGAGGGAAUUCAGUCUCCAAACUUUUUCUUGGAGACUAAAUUUACCACAUAUGGAAAAUCAAAAAAUUUUAGAAAGUGGCUUUAUUUUUAAGUGGAGUUUAGCCAGCUUAAUUAAUUUUUUUCCUAGUUGGAAGGAUUUAAUUCCCAAAUAAGAAUAAAGAGAGAGAUCAACAUUUGCCUCCCUCACCUCUUUUUAGAGGCUGUUUUUCAUUUUUUGCCCCCAGUUUCCAAUCAUGGUAUAAAAUGAAUUACGGGUAUCCCUCCAACUCCCUGUAAUCCUUUUUGGGGAUCACAGGUACCUUUGAUAAUCUGACAGAAGUGAUGGACCCUCUCCCCAAGGAGGAAAAAUAUGCACAUACAUAGAUAAUUUUGCAUACAACCUCAGGGGCAUCACACAUUUUCUGAAACCUAAGUUAAGGAUCUAUGUUCCAAGUAAAUUGUGUAGAGAAAUUUCUAAUGUGAAUAUUUGAUAAGAUUAGGAACUAUUGGCUUAAAACAUUUUAUAUUGCAGUUAUUAGAUGGUGGCCCCUACUAGCAAAAUGUGACAUUGCAACCAGCUUUGUUAGAUGUUUUAACAUCGAGACAGAAAGAAAAAAGAAGCAGAGUUCUGAGAGCUACUUACAUAAGGAGUCAGGGCAUCUCUAGAUAUGGGAGCCAUUUUUGGUUCAAGGCAGGGGUUAGGGUGCCUGACAACUUCUAGCAGGGUAGAGUUUGAUAAACCACAAUGCUCAGGAUGCCAAGGGGUUAACCAUUAUCUUAACUCCUUCUUCACCAAAAGAUUUUAGUUUUGUCUAUUGGGAAACAAGAUGUCACUAGGGAAAAAAGAUUUGCCUUACAAUUGCUGGAACACAUCAGUAUGGUAUGGUGAUAUAUGUAUGGGACACUAGUAUUAUUUUUGAGAAGGUACAUAAAAACCAAAGUAAAUUAUUCUCUAUGUAGAACAUUAUUUACUAGAAAUAUUUGUUUGGGUAAAUUAGCUUUGACCAUUUUUACCAGUAAAUAUUGAUUUUAUUUGAAACUGGAAAUCCAGUUUAUAAAUAGGAUAGUUGAUAUAUCCGUUCUUCCCCCCAUGUAAAGGAUAAAGAUUUAUGCAUACUUUUUACUUUCUUGAUGCCAUGGGAUUGGGGGGUGGGGGAAUCUUUGAGUCAACAACUGACAAAAUGUCAAAUUUAGUCAAAUUUAAAAAUCAAGAAGCAGCACUUUAAGUCUAACUCUACACCAUUUUAGUGCAUGUGUUAGUUUUAAUAAUGAUUUUUGGUGCAUGCCUUUGGGCUUAUUCAAAAGUGUACAAUAGGAAAGUAUAUUUCCUUUCUUAGAAAGGAGAUGUUUUUCUACUUUGCAACAUGUGAUUACAAAAAUCUUCCUCUGUUGGAAGAUUAACCAUGUAUUGAACUACUGAGAAGUAUAUAUUUUUAGAUAUACAGAAGGAAUCUACAUGGAGCAGCAUUCAGACCUAUAUAGAAGUCAUAGCAUUCUGUAUAGGACCAAAAAGGAAGUAACAUUAAACACUUAAACAGACCUUGUUGGGUAGAAAUACCUUAGAUCUUGCAUUGACUUCCAAAAAGAAUAUACCACAGAAGUUUGCUGAAAACUUUUGUUGUUUGAAUUUUCUCUGUCAGUGUAUUUAACCCAAAUACAACAGCUUUGGGUUAGCACAUCUGUAAGAAUCAAAAACAAAACUAAAUAGAUCAGUCUGGUUUUUCAAUCCAGCUUGACUGAAGUAAAUACACUAAUCACUUGCAACGUGAAAAACUGUCCAACUCCUCUAAGGUUUUGACAAAAUAACCUUGGCUGAUGUGGGAAUUCUCCCACUUUGAUUUCCGACCUGACAGUGAAGAUUCAUGCUUGACAUGAUUUCAAACCUGACAGUGUCUGUUUAGGGAGCCAUGGUACAGUUUGCUAAUUCAAUCCCAGAUACCUGUUGAUUACCUGUGAGAUCUAGAGUCCAAAGUAGCCAGCAGCCGUAUCCCUGAGUGCUCUGUGCCCAUCAGAUAAUGUAAGCAGGGUUGGGACAGAUCACAGCUCGGAUGAUUGACCUCAGGUGCUGUAGACAGCCCCAGAUUCAAGAAUUGUAUCUGCGUUCUUGGGAGUCGUCACUGAACUAAUGUCCCACACUGUGUUACUCAACGUAGAUGCUCUCUUUUAGUGGAGACCUAGAGCACACAUGCAAAUUGCUUGUGGUACUCAGAGAGGGGGGUGCUAACUCUGAUGCCCUGGCCAAGUUCCAGUUUAGGGAUGUGGGUCUUCUUGUCAUUCUAAUUGGAAAUGUGCAUCACUUCCCAUUUUUCCUGUUAAAUCUCAAUGCAAACUACACUAGUCUGUUUCUUUGCCCCGGUCCCAAGUCUCUGAAAUACUGAUGUAUAUUAUAUGGGCCAAAUUCAUGCCUUAUCCCAGUGCACAAGGGUUAAGGAAUGAGUGAGCUUGGUGUCAGGAUGCACUGUGAUUGGAGGAUGAACUCUUGUGAUACUAAGGGAAUGAAAUAGGCCCUGUUUUAACAUAAUUUAGGGAAUGUGCACUGGCCGGAGGCUUCCAGCCAUGAGGUAUGAGCUGAAACCAAUUUUCCCUCUUUUCUUAUAGCAUGAUGAGGAAAUCUGUUGGGUUUUCAGCAGUCAGGGAAGGCCGGAGUUCUGCAGCUUUAAUCUGGGUAACUGAGGCUGGUUUGAGCAAGACUUUGGUUAAUUAACUAGGUUCUCAGAUGCCACAGACUCCGUGAGAAGUCACCAUUAUUUUCAAUGGUUGUGAUAGAAUUUUUCCCCUAGUAGCCAUUAUUUUAAGAUUAUAUUGCAGAGUUGCUUUAUUUUGAGCUUUUCGUGUGUACACAAUCCCAAACUGGAAGAAAUUUUUAAAAAGGAAUCCUGCUGUGAAAGGUAUAUAUUACUCUAGAUUUUUCUUACUGUAAAUAUUGUAAGAUUGUAAUACUGUCAAUAUUUUAUUAACCAACAAAUGUUAAUCUGUGUGAAUUCAGACUUAUUUUAAAUGUGCUUCUUAUUUACUGUGUGUGGUCCCUGUUGCUGACAGUAUUAAGUUAUAUUCUGAUGUAAGAUUAACUUUAUUAAAGAAUGUAAACAUUAAUGUUUCCUUAUGGGAAAACAAAUAAAGUAUAAAGAAGACAAUUCUUUUCUUUGAAAUAUACUGUGUAUUUACACUUGCUAGACCCAGCACCACUUAUAAAUUUAGUACACUGUUCAGAAUUUUAGUUAACACAGCUGACAUGGUUGUGCUCUAUUUGAAAGUCUAAGAGUAGGUAUUGUUGGAAUAUAAACAGUUUGUAUUUGUCUGCUGUGAAUCAUCAUCUUGAAAUUUCUAAUCAAGUUUGUAAAAUUUUUAUAGUAAAACAUUUUAAUGACAAUUUAAAAAUUUAUCUUCUCUAAAGAAUGGUCAAAAUAAUAUUCUUUCAGAAAUAGAAUUGUUCUUUAAUAUCUUUCCAAAAAUGACUUUGGUUAAAUGGACCAGAUGUACAUUAGUUAAAAUUUAGGAUGAAGUUGUUGAUAUUUUUUGAGUUUACAAGUUAAUCCUUAUUGGAGAUGUGCCAAUAUAUAGUAGAAUAUCAUUAAUUUGCACUGUUUGGGGACCCCAUUCAAGAAUGUUGAAUUUUGCCAACUAAAAAUAAGCAAAUGCAAUUUAAAAAGUAAAUUUGAGCAUUCUGUAUUAAAUAUGUGCAGUUAUUAUCACAAGAAGAAGCGCAGUGUGUUGGGCUGUAAUAUAACCAUAUUUGCUGUCAUGUUCUCCCAUCUCAGUGCUGGGAACUCACCAUGUGGAAACCAAGCAAACGUGUUGUGCAUCAGCCGGCUUGAGUUUGUUCAAUAUCAAAGCUGAAACUAGCGAGGUCUGCUGUACUGCUUAUUGAAGUAUUGUGAUUCUUUUAGGCAUUGAUUCUUACAAAAUAUAUACUGUAACAGUAUACUUUGUACAGAUUUAAAUUUUAUUUGAAAAAAUGAAAUAAAGUAGGCAAAAAAUAAAGAUGUUUAUUUUUCAUGUGACUA